AUGCACUUGCAGGAUCAUUCUCUCGGAUGCUCGAUGAAGACCGAUAUUACUUUGCCACCAAAAAGCAGCCCUUACACCACUGGUGCAAAACAAACGAGAAAUCUUGACCAUAUAUUAAACCCUACUGCCUAUUACGAGAAGCUGGACACACUGGAGCUUGAUACUGCGCAGAUAUGUGGUUUGAAUGGUGGACCCCCAGAUGCAAAUAGCCAGAGAGAUUUUCGAGAUGGCUUCAGAAAAGUCAAUUCAGCUUUAAAGAACCUACAAACUGAAGGAUUCUGUGGACGUAUGAUGUCCAUUCUCAUCGAAGACCCAGUUCAGCCAGAUAUUGCAAGGGCAGUUCACAUAUGUCCAGAGGAUCUCGAUGGCUCUGGCAUUUCUCAUUCUACUCGGGCGGAUGAAAUACUGCAAGAAAUCUGCGGCGACGAAGUAUUGCUUCGUGAUUUCCAACCAGGCCCAGAUGAUUCACGUUAUUGCUUCUUAGCCACAGCUCUUCUUGUCGGUCUUGUCUCUUUCUCUGGCUCACACGUUUGUUCUUUUGAUGUCAAUCUCUGGCGUAGGUCUGUGAUUGAGAUCCCCGUCGGCUUCGAGUUCUCUUUCCGCCGCCGAGAUCUAGCCUGCUUGAGAGAUUUUGUCGGUGGACCAGCCUGGGUUCUGGGGAGACAAAGUGUGAAAAGUAAUGGCACAGGCGUGAAAGUAUCUCUGACUGUUCAAGAUCUUCAAGAACUUUGGGGCCCAGUAUGGCUUGUUGGUGGAACACGCGAGAAUGGUCCUAUUAUUCGCACAGAGCGUGGCUUUGUCGUUCCCCUUCCCCCUGAUCAGCAAUCAGACAUGACUGGUAGAGAAGUUGAGUGCCAUUGGACCACGGCAUACCCACAAUAUGCGGACGUGCCGAACCCGAUAAUGUUGAACAACACAUCACGCGUGUUAAUCGGGACUACUUUUGGACUUAAUAUCAACUCGGAAUGUCAAAAUCAGAUCAGCGACAUUCAGAAUCAUUUUGCCAAUCAGCUUCAGCUUCCCGGUGCCUGCAAUCACUAUUAUAUCACAGAGGGCUAUGACGUUCAGUUGAUUGGAGGUCAAUAUGUGACUGGUGGCAUUGUGGGAAAACGCAAACGAAUUCCGGCAACGACUUUGAAGGCUGCUCUCAUAUCAGAAAUCCUGGACCCAGAGCUGGAUGUUACGCCUCUUUUGAAAAUGAAUAUAGGGCUGGAGAUUAGUGCAUGUACUGGGAAUGCGCGGCGCCUGAGCCUUUGGCACACUCUGUAUCUUUCCCAGAAACGACAGGGACCUCACAAACCAGCAGAUUGCAAACACGAUAUCGGUAGCAUCGAUUGUAUACAGCAAUGCUGGAAACAGAGCCGCUUAAACCGCUCUACAGUCGGCGUUCGCUGCUUUGACUGCGGAGUUUCCAAUACAACAGCAGCACUGCCUACGGCUCCAAAUUUCAAAAAUGACAUAUCCAGCAAUGAUAUCGCCAGAUCAAGAAUUGUGAGCGCAAUAAUGGCACUCCAACACACUGGCCUUGACCCCGAGGGAAACCUUCAAGCAUACUGGCCUUUCGUCGAAACCCGAAUGACCAGGCGUGUUCAGCCCAACCGGUCCAACAAGUGGUUCAAUAUCAUUGCCGACACCCGAGACAGUGCUACAUUUGCAGUGGCCAGUUAUAAUUGCCUGGAGUUCCAAGAAGAACUUUCAUUGUCAUGUUGCCUAAAUGGCUAUCGAGAUCCCUCCCAGAAAACCUGCCUAUCUAUCCGUGUUGCGCAGCAGCCUGUCGUCGUGACAGAAAGAAGAUUUAGGCAGAACCUCGGCCUUUUAACUCCUCCCCCCGAAUCCGAUCUUGCUGGCUUGUUGCCUGGUGCCUCAUUCUACGUGGCGGGGACGCAGUGUUAUGUGAAGAAGAUACGGUAUGGCCAGCAAAGUUCCAUCAUUGCCUGCAUAAACUCGACGAUUUCUCAGAUUAUGAAAAGGCCAGGGCUCCCCACAUUUCUCGAGCAUUUGAAUCCUGAAGUAGGUAAACCAGUUGAAGUUGUGAUUUACAAGAAAUAA